GCGCCCGUGGGCUGGCUCAUCCUGCUGGACGAGGUGCCCGACGAGGCCGCCAUGCGGGUGGCCUGCCGCGCGCUCGUUCGCCGGCACGCCGGACUGCGGGCGCUGCCCUACGCCACUGCGGGUGACGUCAGUGCCGCGGCCCUCUGCAACGGGGCGGCCCCGCGGCUGCUGGCGCUGCGGGCGGUGCUCGGCGGCCACGGCCGCGGGCUCUGCCGCCGGGCGGCAGAGGGCCUGCGGGCGGCCUGGCCCACCGUCAGGGUGCUGCCCCCGGACGGCGCGGGCGGCGAUGGCGUCGCCGGCAUUCCCGUGCUCGGCCAGUGUGGCGGCUGGCUCGCCCCAGGGGUGGAGGAGGCCCACUUUGAGUGGCACCGCUUCGACACCGAGGCCGACAUGCGGCACGCCGCCUUCAUGCGCGCGCGGACCCGCGGCUUCAAGCUGCCAGCCUCCAUCGCCGUGCUGGUGCUGAAUGCCAGCGGUCGUACCGACGAUGCUGUUCGCGCUGGCAGCGCCAGCGGGGACGCGGCGUACCUGCACGUGUCGGUGAACCACGCCGUGACCGACGCGGCCGCCAUCGUGCCGCUGGUGGCCGACCUGCUAGAGCUCCACCGCGUGGCCCUGGCCGCGGGGGUCGCCCGCCCAGGCGGCCAGGGCCGCGCCAGCCUCGACGCGGCCGCGGUGGCAGCGCUGGACGCGGCCGGGCUGCCGCCAGUGCCCAGCGGCCUCAAGGGGCAUGUCUCCGAUGCUGCCGCGACGCCCUGCAGACCUUCGAGCACGGCUGGACCAGAGCUGACGGACAAGUGGGCGCCGCCAGACGUGGACGCGUGA